AUGUCAGAUUCAGUUAAGAGCUCGUUACGGCUGUGCCAGCUCUGUAACGCCGAGAAACCGGUGUUGAAGAGACCUAAGACGGGCCAGAGACUGUGCAAGAGCUGUUUUUACUAUGUAUUUGAGACCGAGAUCCACAAUACAAUUACAGAUGCAAAGCUGUUCUAUCCGGGAGAGAGGGUGGCUAUUGGUGCUUCGGGUGGUAAAGACUCGACAGUUCUGGCUUAUGUUUUGAAGACGCUAAAUGAACGAUACAACUAUGGAGUAGAGUUUGUGCUUUUAUCCAUUGACGAGGGUAUCCAUGGCUAUCGAGACGACUCGCUGGAGACGGUCAAGAGGAACAAACUGCAAUAUGAUAUGGAUUUGGAAAUAGUCAGUUAUGGUGAUCUUUAUGGAUGGACUAUGGACCAAAUCGUAGCUCAAAUCGGUAUGAAAAAUAACUGCACUUACUGUGGAGUGUUCAGAAGACAGGCUCUGGAUAGAGGCAGUGUUAAGCUAGGCAUUAGCCAUGUGGUUACUGGUCAUAAUGCAGACGAUAUGGCCGAAACCGUGUUGAUGAAUUUAUUAAGAGGUGAUACUGCUAGACUUGAUAGAUGUACGGAAAUUGUCACCGACUCGACUGACUCGCCGGUAAAGCGUAGUAAGCCUCUCAAGUAUACAUAUGAGAAGGAGAUUGUAUUAUAUGCUCAUUACAAGAAACUAGAUUAUUUCACUACUGAGUGCACGUAUUCACCAGAAGCAUUUAGAGGAACCGCAAGAGCGCUGAUCAAGAAUCUCGAAGCUGUUCGUCCAAGCUCGAUUAUCGAUGUUAUCAGAUCAGGCGAGAGUUUUGUAUUGAAGAGAAAGCUCCAGGAUGAGAUCAAAAAAGCUGCUGCUGCUACCGCUGUCGCUACACCUGCUACUGCUCCAUCUGAUUCUAAAGUGAUCAACUCCAAGACGACAGUACCUAUGACCUCCACCACUACCAACACAUACACCAACACAUCCACCACUGUUGAACCUACCUCCACUACCAACCCAGCAUCUGCCACCACCAGCACCACCAUUACAACCAUGCCGAAAUCAGCACCACCAACAUCUACACAUCACAACAUAGACUCCAAGGGAGCACCACUACCUUUUACAACAACCACAAAAAUGCGAGGGCGAUGCGAACGAUGUGGAUACCUUUCGAACAACAAACUAUGUAAAGCAUGUGUACUCCUCGAGGGACUGAAUGCCGGACGAGCUAAACUGGACAUUGCCGGAUCACAGGAUGUUUCAAAAGGUUCAGCACUACUCUCGAAACAGCUUGAGACCCUGAGCUUCUAA